AUGGAGCAAGUCCAGAAGAAGCUAGAUCAAGAUAAAACAGGUCAGAAGUACAAUACCAAGGUCGACCUACGCCAGUGCAAUUGGAAAGUGGUUAUGGGAGAAGUAGAGAAAACUGCUCAACUGUGGAAGAGCAGACCAAACAGGCAAAGCAAGAUCAUGGUCUUUGUCGAUAAAGUUGGGCGGCACUCGGAAGCUCUUGAAAGGUGGUUGGGGCUUCUGCCCGCGGGCGAUUAUGGAUCAAGCGUCUGCGGAGCGUUCAAGAUCAUCAUUGGGGCUGCCGGGAGGUACACCAAGGUCGAGGAGAGCGUCUAUGAAGCAAUAUCAGAGAUACCAAUGAUCAUGGAGCGUGCAAAGAGAUACGUCGACAUGUACAGACAAAUGCGCGAUCAAUUCCUUGAACAGCGUACAAUCGAGCUGUUCCGAGCCAUCCUGACCCUGCUUCACCAGGUCAUGCAGUUCUUCCUUGAUGGCAAGCCAAAGAAAUUCAUCGGCAGUCUUAUGCAGCAGGGUUCAUACAAGGAACAGCUGUUCCAGAGUGUUGAGGCCAUCAAGGCGUGUGCUCAGGCUGUGAAUGACGAGGCGUCGCAGUGUCAAGCACGUAUGGUCAUGAAGGUCUAUGAGAAGACUGAACAGACGCAGAUGGUCUUUCACCGACUGAUGCAGUUUUUGUUGACGAAUCCUAGGUUCCAGGGGGCUGAUUUAGGAAAUUCUGCUCCGGACAGCGACCCCAGUGGACUUAAAGUCUCUAGCUACGACCUCCUAAACGCGGAUCGUAUAUCCUGGCAAGACCAAGACAUUAGUCGAAGCACAACUCCUACCAUUCUACAAAGCCCUUCACAACAGUCAACCCUAUCUAAAGCAGAUAUGGAGCAUACAAAGCAACGACUUCUCCAGUGUCUCAAUUACAACCCAGAAGCCUUGACCCGAGACAUUGCUUCUAUCCUUUCGUUUAACUACCAAGUAAGCGAGAACGAAAGAGCGAGAGUAGCGGCUAUGCUCCGCCACGACAGAUUCCAAACCUUUAUGACGGAAACUCAGACCUCAACGCGUCUGCUUGUCAAUGGUCGCGGAGACCUUUCUGCCAAAGAGGGUGUAUCUCCUUUCAGUGUUGUUAUGGCAGAGCUGGCACGGAUCUCAAACACGGGUCUCACUGAGUCUGCUCCUGUUUUCAUUCUCAAGUAUUUCUGUUCUGAACAUCAAUCUUCCCACCCCAGUGACCGUUUUGCGUCAGCAGGUGGCAUGAUGGCAAGCAUCAUAGGCCAGCUGAUCUGUCAAAUGACGGAGAAAGGUCUAGCGGUUGAUCUUUCCUUUAUCUCUGACUCCAAGUGGCGAAAGCUGGAACUCUUGGAGCUUCAUGUUCUCUGCACAGUGUUCAAACGCGUUGUGGACCAAAUACCGCAGGGUGGUGUUGUACUCUGCAUUAUCGAUGAGAUCUCGGUCUAUGAGACUUCCAGGCUUGGGGAAGAAACUGAGAUGGGGGUGAAGAAACUUGUCCAACAUGCACAUCAGGGCCGGUAUCCAGUAUUUAAACUACUAGUCACUUGUUACGAUCAUGCUUUGGACGUGGGCAGGUACUUCUCUGGGAAUACUCUUGACUUGAACGAGGAUAUUGAGACAGAUGAUAUAGCUGAUUGGAUAAUUGCAAGCCAAUUAUCUUGA